AGGAGGGUCCACAUUCCACGCUUCCCGAAGAUGAGUUCUUUGAUGCCGUUGAAACUGGCCUGGAAAAAAUCGAGGAAGACAUGCAACUUCGCGCUAAGCUAAAGUUGCAGUCGCAGCAAUCUUUGACGGUGGCGCAAGCACCGCAUCAAGUCCAGCUUGAAGGAAACACUCCCAGCCUGGAAGAGUUCGGCACUGGCGGAUUAGCCAGAAGUCACAUACUGUGGCCGGAGAUCGAUCGUGUUUGCAGUGAACAGUUGCGAUAUGCUCGCGAAGGAGUUGGUGAGGGUGGUAACGGUUGGCAAAUAUUUGCUGAUGAAGGUGAAAUAAAAAUGUACAAGCGAGAAGAAGAAGUAAAUGGAUUAGUUAUGGAUCCCUUGAAAGCAUAUCACAGCGUUAAUGGGGUUACAGCACGUGAAAUGUGCCAUUACUUCUUCAUGCCCGAGUUUCGCAAUGAGUGGGAGACCACUCUUGAAGACUGCACCAUUCUAGAAAAAAUUUCGCCCGACACAUUCGUCUUCUUACAAACACAUAAACGUAUAUGGCCUGCCAGUCAACGAGAUGCCCUUUUUUGGUCACAUAUGCGUAAAAUUACAGAUGGACUUGAUGAGGACGCUGUAGAUAUGUGGGUCGUUUGUAAUAACUCCACGGAUUACUCUAAACAGGAAUCAAAAAAUGGCAAAUGCGUUCGCAUUUUUCUGACCGUAAUUUUAGCCUGCCAGACACGUUUACCCCCUGGAAAAACAAAAAAUGAUGAUCUUAGUCGCGACGAAUUAGCUUGUAAAAUCACAUAUUGCUCUGUUGUCAAUCCUGGUGGUUGGGCGCCUGCUUCCGCUUUGCGAGCCGUUUACAAGCGCGAGUAUCCUAAGUUCCUGAAACGUUUUACCGGAUAUGUGAUAGAUCAAUGCAAGAACAAACCAAUAAUGUUCUGAUAUUAGCAGUCAUUUCCUUAAACAAUGUUUUCCAACUGUAAUGGAUUUGAGUGAAAAAUUUUUGUUAACAUA